CCCGGCACGCUGUUCCAGAAAUGGGGCCGGGUUUUAGACAGGGGUUAUUGCUCGCUUAACACCCUUACGUCACGACUUAACAAAGCCACCAAAAUCUGGUUUAUUUACUUCGUUGUGAUCUUUUUCAUCCAUUUCUUUCGAUAUAUACGAUUUUAUUGACGCCAUGCCCGGUAUACUGGACACGCCGAAGAAGGCUCGCAUUAAGGGCGCGCUCUUUGCAGCUAACUUUCUGAAGUCUGAGCUGGGAUACCAUCAACUGACGCAUCGUCGGAUUGCUGGGAUUUUCGCUGUCAAUGUCGAUACCGUUGACCGCAUCAAUAAAGACGAACGACAGCGUACGGGACCGUCGGAGAACGGGGAGACUCGAGGGCGUAAAAGGAAGGUUACGCCGAAGGAUUGCGACAAGAUUAUUCAGCUGUACGAAGAAUACCCUGACGAAGCGCCUGAUAUGCCAUGGGUAUCCCAACUGCAGAAUGCGUGUGACAAGGAAGCCAGUCACGAGACUAUUAUGAAGGCGAUGCGAGACCAUGCCGGGUAUAAUAAACGCGUCGCAUGCGAGAAGGAGUACGUCUCGCCUCGCCGGUGCGAGGAAAGAUGUAGCCAUUGCAAGAUCCUACUCGAGAAGUAUGACCAACCAGACUUCCUUCGUAUCAGGUAUUAUCCCCCCUCUUUCUGGCUAUGGCAUUGUUAUUGAUGAAAGUGUAGAUACUCUGAUGAAUGCCAUUUCGGCUGGCGCCAACGGGCAAACGGUCGGCGAUGGAUUUCGAGGAAGCCCGGUACUCGAUACGAGCCGUGCAAUAUUCGUGAAGCCGA